CCGGCCCGGCGGGGGGAGGCUCCCGCGGCCCCGCCACGGCGAAGGAAGCAGCCGCGUGGCCCCUGACGCACAAUAAACCAACAGAGAUACUCUGAGAAGGUUAUCUAAAACAAUUUGAAUGUGAAAACAUUUGCAUCUUCCGAUAGUCUAGCCAAGGUCCAAGAAGUGGCAAGCUGGCUUUUGGAAAUGAAUCAAGAACUGCUGUCUGUGGGCAGCAAGAGGCGACGAACUGGAGGGUCUCUUCGAGGUAAUGCUUCCUCAAGCCAAGUAGAUGAGGAGCAGAUGAAUCGAGUUGUAGAAGAGGAGCAGCAGCAGCAGCAGCAAAGACGACAACAAGAGGAGCAUAUUGUACAAAAUGGAGAAAUAGGUGGAGCAGACCCUGGACUUGGAGACACAAGUGAAUCCCAGCAAGAACAAUUAGAAGAAAACAACAAUAGACUUAUUGCAGUGGAUGAAGAAUCCACUUGUAACCAAGAGGAGGAGGAAGAAGAAGAUCAUGCUGGUGAGCAAGAGGAGGAAGUGGAAGAGGAGGAGGAAAUGGAUCAGGAGAGUGAUGAUUUUGAUCAGUCUGAUGACAGCAGUAGAGAAGAUGAACACCCAAACAAUAAUAGUGUUACAAAUUCAAAUAGUAUCAUGGACUUACCCAUUAACCAGUCAUCUCCAUUCUACAUAAAGACAAAGAUGAAGAGAAAGUUGGACCAUGGCUCUGAGGUUCGUUCUUUCUCUCUGGGAAAGAAACCCUGCAAAGUCUCAGAGUACACAAGCACUACUGGGCUUGUGCCAUGCUCAGCAACACCUACUACUUUUGGGGACCUGAGAGCAGCCAAUGGCCAAGGACAACAGCGGCGGCGUAUUACAUCUGUCCAGCCACCUACAGGACUCCAGGAAUGGCUGAAGAUGUUUCAGAGCUGGAGUGGACCAGAAAAGUUACUUGCAUUAGAUGAACUCAUUGAUAGUUGUGAACCAACACAAGUGAAACAUAUGAUGCAAGUGAUUGAGCCCCAGUUUCAACGAGACUUCAUUUCCUUGCUCCCAAAAGAGCUGGCACUAUAUGUGCUUUCAUUCCUGGAACCCAAGGACCUUCUGCAAGCAGCGCAGACAUGCCGCUACUGGAGAAUCCUGGCUGAGGAUAACCUUCUGUGGAGGGAGAAAUGCAAAGAGGAGGGAAUUGACGAGCCAUUACAUAUCAAGAGAAGGAAAGUAAUAAAACCAGGCUUUAUACAUAGUCCCUGGAAAAGUGCUUACAUCAGACAGCACAGAAUCGAUACAAACUGGCGGAGAGGAGAACUGAAGUCCCCAAAGGUGCUCAAAGGUCAUGAUGAUCAUGUAAUCACAUGCCUACAGUUCUGUGGUAACCGAAUAGUCAGUGGAUCUGAUGACAACACAUUAAAAGUUUGGUCAGCGGUUACAGGCAAGUGUUUGAGAACACUAGUUGGACACACAGGCGGAGUCUGGUCAUCACAAAUGAGGGACAAUAUCAUUAUCAGCGGAUCUACAGACCGAACACUGAAAGUAUGGAAUGCAGAGACCGGAGAAUGUAUACAUACAUUAUAUGGACAUACCUCCACUGUGCGUUGUAUGCAUCUCCAUGAAAAAAGGGUUGUCAGUGGAUCUCGAGAUGCCACGCUGAGAGUUUGGGAUAUAGAGACAGGCCAAUGUUUACAUGUUCUGAUGGGUCACGUAGCUGCAGUGCGGUGUGUUCAAUAUGAUGGCAGGAGGGUAGUUAGUGGAGCAUAUGAUUUUAUGGUGAAAGUGUGGGAUCCAGAAACUGAGACCUGUCUACACACACUGCAAGGGCAUACUAACAGAGUCUAUUCUUUACAGUUUGAUGGUAUUCAUGUGGUGAGUGGAUCUCUUGACACUUCAAUCCGCGUUUGGGAUGUGGAGACAGGAAACUGCAUUCACACAUUAACAGGCCACCAGUCUUUAACAAGUGGAAUGGAACUCAAGGACAAUAUUCUUGUGUCUGGAAACGCAGACUCUACAGUCAAAAUCUGGGAUAUUAAAACAGGACAAUGUUUACAGACAUUGCAAGGUCCGAACAAGCAUCAGAGCGCUGUGACCUGUUUACAGUUCAACAAGAAUUUUGUAAUUACCAGCUCAGAUGAUGGGACUGUAAAACUUUGGGACUUGAAAACGGGUGAAUUUAUCCGAAAUCUAGUCACAUUGGAGAGUGGGGGAAGCGGAGGAGUCGUGUGGCGCAUCAGAGCCUCCAACACAAAGCUAGUGUGUGCAGUUGGAAGCCGGAACGGGACUGAGGAAACAAAGCUGCUGGUGUUGGACUUUGAUGUAGAUAUGAAGUGAAGGGCGGAAAGAUGAAUUUGUCCAAACGUGUAGACGAUGUUCUCCCUUCCCUCCCCCUGCAAAAAAAUAUCCCUUGUCCUUGGUGGUGCAGGAUGUUGGCUUGGGGCAACAGAUCCUAAAGACCUACAGACUACGAAGGAGAAGAUGAAGAGAUGACAAACUAUAACUGACAAGAGAGGCAUUUGCUGUCUCGUCACAUAAAAGGCUUCACUUUUGACUGGGGCAGCUUUGCAAAAAUAUGACUUUCUAAAUCAAACCAGGUGCAAUUGUUUCUUUAUUUUCCUCUGCGUGCUUGCUGAGCAGAGCAGAGGUUUAAAAAGUUGUUACAAUUCUUGCUAACCUGUUAUUUUACCACAGAGAUCUAGAAAGGCGCUGCGUAACAUCAGCUACUGGUUGACUUUCAAACUAGAGAGCCUCUGUGACAACAACAACAAAAGGUCCAUUCCUGAUGUGGAAAAGCUAAAAUCUUACUGUGAAUUGUUUUUGUACAGUUUUCAGCUUUUUUUGCCAACCAUUGCCAAUGUCAAUCACAGUAUUAGCCUCUGUUUAUCUAUUUACUGUUGCUUCCAUCUACACUCUUCAAUGCAUAAGUUGCUCUGAGGUGGCAAGUUGUCCUGGGUUCUGAGAGUCCUCUGAUGGAUUUAAUUUGCAAUGCUGGUGCUAGAAGUAGGUCUUCAAAUAUGGGAUUGUUGUCCCACCCCUGUACUGUAUUCCCAGUGGCCAAACUUAUUUAUGCUGCUAAAUGAAAGAAAGAAAAGCAAAUUAUUUUUUUUUAUUUUUUUUCUGCUGUGACGUUUUAGUCCCAGACUGAAUUCCAAAUUUGCUCUAGUUUGGUUACAGAAAAAGACUUUUUGCCACUGAAACUUGAGCCAACUGUGCCUCUAAGAGGCUGAGAGUGGAAGAGUUUCAGACAAUUAAGAGUGAAGUUUGCCUGCAAAUAAAGAAUUGAGUGUGUGUGCAAAGCUUAUUUUCUUUUUUCUGGGCAAAAAUUAAAACACAUUCCUUAGAACAAAGCUAUUGCAGCCUGUUCUGUGGGGAAACUUUUCUUUGUGAGGGCUGUGGUGAAUGGAAUGAACAUACAUAAUAAAACUGACAAAAUUUUAAAAAAAUAUAAAAUACAAAAAUGGAAAUAAAGUUGCUGGUCAGUCUUAGUGUUUUACAGUAUUUGAAAAAAACAACUGUUACAGUUAUUGCUGGGAGGAAUUGACAGAGCAAAAACUUGAGUUUUUGUAAUAAAGUUGUCACAUGCAAACAAAAAAAGAAAUGAAAAGUCAGAUGGUUUGCCUCAUUCUCCAAGAGCCACAACUCAAGCUGAACUGUGAAAGUGGUUUAACACUGUAUCCUAGGCGAUCUUUUUUCCUCCUUCUUUUGUUUUAUUUAUAGUCUGAUUUAAAUCAAUCAGAUUCCAGUCGGUUAAUUUUAGUUAUGUAACAACCUGACAUGAUGGAGGAAAACAACCUUUAAAGGGAUUGUGUCUAUGGUUUGAUUCACUUAGAAAUUUUAUUUUCUUAUAACUUAAGUGCAAUAAAAUGUGUUUUUUCAUGUUA